GGAGGAGCAGCUGCUUUGAAGUAUCACACAGCUUCAACUUAUAGCACAAAAAGUCAGCUGUCAUUCUUUUCAAAGAACUGCUUCACAAGUACAGAAUAGGCCGUGAAUCUUCUUUCCAAUACCUACAAUUCAAAUUGUCAUAAGGUAUUAAAACAAUCUUCAACCAUCUACACUAGCAGAAGAAAUAGUUAAGCUGAAAACACCUUAAAAAAUCCUGUGAUCUGACAAUAUCAAUCAAAGUGGGAAAAAGAUUUAUUCUUCUCACUAACAACAAAAACGCCUGCACCAUAAUCUGUACAAACACAUUCACAAUGACAAAUAACCCCAACUUUCAACUCAUAUAAUGUACAGUACGAGGUAAACCACAGAACACAGCUCACACUCCCAAAAAAUGCACCAAAUGGGUCUCUCAGAUUCAAGUCACUGCUCACUAUCCUCCGACAGUGACACCUUAGACGAUUACAUCCAUGCGAUAUGGCACUGCUCACCCCGCUUCUGGAAGGAAACCAAUGGUAAACUGUCCCUCAUAUUGGACUGCCAGGUUCACUGAAAAAUCUAUUGUUAAUUGUCCCGUAGUCAUAGUUUUGUGUUCCUUUUGUUUUCCUCAAACAAAACCAAACUAUUCACAUGUUACAAAAGGCCUUUCUAAAGACUGCGAGGUACCCAGUCCCUGAAAAAAAAAGUAUUCUGUUGACUUCAAUAGUAAGUUGCUGAAUAAGCGGGUUCUCUGGUGGGGUGGUCAGGUAUAAAAGGAAAGGGUUAAACGGUAGGAAGGCAGUUCAGGAGAAGCAGCACAUCUACAGCCAACAUGAGCGCCGGCAUGAACAUGAGGGGCAAGAUCACCUUCUACGAGGACAGGAACUUCCAGGGUCGUUCCUACGAGUGCAUGAGCGACUGCUCUGACAUGUCCUCCUACAUGAGCAGGUGUCACUCCUGCAGGGUGGAGAGCGGCUGCUUCAUGGUCUACGACCGCACCAACUACAUGGGAAACCAGUACUUCAUGAGGAGGGGCGAGUACUCUGACUACAUGAGCAUGAUGGGAAUGAGAGACUGCAUUAGGUCUUGCCGUAUGAUCCCCAUGCACAGAGGCCAGUACAGGAUGAAGAUCUACGAGAGGGAGAACUUCGGUGGUCAGAUGCAUGAGCUGAUGGAUGACUGCGACAACAUAAUGGACCGCUACCGUAUGAACGAUUGCAUGUCCUGCAACGUGAUGGACGGCCACUGGCUGAUGUACGAGCAGGCCCACUACAGAGGCAGGCAGAUGUACAUGAGGCCCGGAGAGUACAGGAGCUUCAGUAACAUGGGAUCCAGUAACAUGAAGUUCAUGAGCAUGAGGCGUAUCAUGGACUCUUGCUACUAAAUGUUGAAUUAAAUAUUAACUGAAUGUAUCAAAUGCCACUAAAUAAAGUAAUU